AAAUGAGAGGAGAGAAGUUGAGGAGAGAGAAUUUCCACAAUUCACUCCAAACCUGUUCUGAGCAACUGGUAGGACUUGGACUCAGAAGGGGAGGGAACAGGGUGAGAGGGAGGGGUAGAGGAGAGAAAGAGAGAGAGGGAUAGGAGGGGAGAAAAACAACCUCUCCCUUACUCUAUCUGACAUACACGCACACUCACCCUCACACACACAGACACACACAAGCAACUAAGCAACAUUACAAAAAACUCACACACAUAGAUCUUCAAAGCCAACUGGCUUUCAUAGACCGCCAAUUAUCCUAAGAGAUUACAUCUGGGGGGAUUGCCUCAGAUAAAUAAGGUGAGAAGAGUGACAAGACCCAGUCACCUCAGAGCAGCAAGACAGACAGGGAGAGGACCUCUUCAACAGGGAUCCCAACAGGAGAGAGAGAGAGAGAGGCACUCAGAGAAGAGAAGCAGCACGCAGCCACUCCACUCAAAGGGACUCAGCUCAGAGAGACGGAGAAAAGAGAAGGAGAGCUCCAGCUCACACUCUACUCUAGCUCAGAGGGACCAGGACACAGAGACCCAGCGCUCCCAUUCUCACUUCCCCUACAUAGAGGAGCACAGCACACCAAGAAAGAGACACUCCAGCUAAGAGGCUCCAUUAUACAGACAAGUAACUUCAGAGGAAAAUCCAGAGACCAGAAGAAAAGCAAGGAUUACAUGAUUCCUUUUUUCCCCCCAUUCUUUGAUUCUUCAUUUUGAUGAGAAACAGCUGUAGUGUUUAUCUUGAGAUUUGUUUUAUUUAUUCCUUUUUUUGAACAUUUUUGGUCUCCCCGUCCCCUCUUCUAACCCUCCCCUUAUCUCAUCCUCUCCAGAGGUGGUAGAGGUAGCUUCUCGUUAGUAUUGUACGAGGAGAGUGAGCGACAGAGGGUGAGAGGUGCUGGUUUCCCAGUUUCGAGUUAUGUAUGUUGACACAUUCCUUUGGAACACGGGAGGAAUAAGCAGCAGAAAGAGCAGCAGCAGUGUUGUCGUCGUCAUCCGCCGGGGGUUCCAUCUCCCGCUCUCAGCCCUUCUCCCUCUCCCCCAUCCAGCAUGGUCCUUUCUGUGAGCUUUUCUCCAGUCCUCCCAGCUCCAGUACAAUGUGCAUAUGGACAGUGACUAAGGGUGCCGCCGCCUGGUCCUGCAUUCGUCUGUCCAUCCUCUCAGUGCUGCUCGUCCUGCUGCUCUGUCCACUGCCCUCCACGUGUCAUCCGAUUGCACCUGGGGUCGCCACUCGCUCCGUGGCACGCUUGUCCAGGGCUGCCAACGCCUCUUCAGACACUGUUGUGGGGCGGCAUGUGCGCAGCUAUAACCAUCUCCAAGGAGACGUGCGCAAGAGGAAACUCUACUCCUAUCAGAAGUUCUUUCUCAGGAUUGAUAAAAAUGGCAAAGUCAAUGGCACCAAAAACAAAGAUGAUCUCUACAGUGUGCUGGAGAUCAAGUCAGUGGAUGUUGGGAUCGUGGCCAUCAAGGGGCUCAGCAGUAACUUUUACCUGGCAAUCAGCAAGAAAGGAGAGCUUUAUGGCGCGAGGGACUUUGGUGUUGACUGUCGGUUGACCGAACGGAUUGAGGAGAACAGGUACAACACCUAUGCCUCAGCAGAGUGGCGGAACAAGAAGAAGCCCAUGUUCGUGGGGCUGAGCGCCAACGGCAAGCCCAUGAGGGGCAAGAAAACACGAAGGAAAAACACUGCCACCCACUUCCUGCCCAUAGUGGUGUAGCCACCGCAUUGGACAGUUCCUUCCCCUGGGAAUGUUUCACUGCACUGAGGAAAGACUGGGAACCAUUAAAGACAUAAUGGAGUCAUAUGCAGUCAAUGUUUUUGAUUUGCAAAGACUAUAUGUAUUUUCUGAAAGGAAGGCACUAUGUAAAGGAACUGUUUGAACUCAUUGUCACGGAGUCUGACUGAUGAUGGCACAGAUUUGUUUUUAAGUUAUGAUUCGGCACAGGAGAAAAUAUGAAACAUUUUUCUGUGCCAAAUCAUUUUCAAUGGGCGAACUGUUGGAGACAAAACUGAAUACUGAAUAAGAGGACAAAAAAGGGACACUGAUUCAGCGUCACUGAAGACAGGGUCAAAGGACAGAGUGUACCAUGUGUAUUUGUCUGUGUGAUGAUCUGUGGAUGCAGUUACAUGUAUUUAUGCUGUACUAACUCAUACGAGGAACUGAAAUUGACACUCAUGCUUUGUGACAGACACGUACAGUACCGGAAGCACUUGGGUGACUUAGGUGUGAUGGAAGAGAAGCUGGCCGAUGGAGUGAGUCAAAUGCAGAGAAUUUAGUCAAGUUAGCACCAUAGCAUAAACCUUAUUAACAUGCAAGUUCACUGUAUUGGGUAUUUCCAUUCCUUUACCUGACUGCUUUAAAAUAAAUUAUUUAUUUUAUGUAAUAUUUAAAGAAACCAAAAAGACCAAAAAUAUGGAAUGGACAAAUUCAUUAUUUUUAUCAUUUAUGCUCUUCUUUUUAAAUACUAAUCUAUCGUUUAAACAUGAAUAAAAUAAAUAUAUUUCUCUUUA